AUGACAGUCAUGUUUGCUGAUGACACAACAAUAAUGACAAUAAAUAAAGACCAGCAGACUGUGACUGAUUGGCUUCAAAGGUCAAUCAAUGUUUCCAAGUGGACGAAAUGUUGGAAAAUCAAAAUUAACAGCGAAAAAUUGGUGCAGAUAAAUAAUACCCUGCAUAAAGUUGUUUAUAAACCAGUAUUGCUAGAUCAGCAGAUCAUCCAACAGAGCAGACUCGGUAAAAUAUUUAGGAAUGUAUCUUGACUCUCCGCUCAACUGGAAACAUCAUGAAAAAAAAAUCCUAAAUUAACUUCUUCAUUCACAGUGGAAUCAUAUGAUACCACUGAAUUAUAAUACUUAUAUUUUCUUUAAAAUAUUGUAUGACAGUAUCAUAUGGUACCAUAUAAUAAAAUCUUAUUUUAAGUAAGUCAAAAUAAAAAAAAAAUUGUUUUUUUUUCCCCAAUAUCAAUAGGUAUUGAACAAAAAAGUUAAUCAUUUUUAUUUCAAAUACCAUUUCGAAAAUCAAAAAAUGACUUAUGUAUUUACCAAGUAAAUAAAAUUGACUUUCAGAAAAGGUGCUACACUUAUACAUCAGACCAAGUAUUUUAGGAUAAAAGUGGUCUACAGAAUAAAAAAAAAGAAAGAAGUAUAAUUUGUAAAAAAAUUAAAAAAAGGAAAAAAAAAUGUUAAAUUCUAACUAAGAAAUACAUGAAACGGAAAACCCAAACUUUAUGAAGUUUUCCCAUAACUCCCAAACGAAGUUUGUUAGACUUUUUUUUUGAGAUUUUUAAUCUACAAACAAAAACAUAUAUUUUGAGAAAAAAAAUUUGAAAAAACGUUCAUGGGUAGUUAACUAGAUUUAUUCCCAGGUACCUACUUACCAUUGAAUUAAUGAUAGGCAAUUUUUGUUUCUGAAAAUAAUUUUUAUUUUGAUUGUUCAGCUUCACAGUAUCCUGAUAAAAAUAACACAUUUUUAUCAAUGUCUAGGACUAAGUUAAUAUUAUUUGAAUUGUUGCUUUGAUUAUGUGGUUCUCAAUAAUCCUAUAAUAUGAAAAAUAAAUGUAUUUUAGAAACAAGGAACUUUCAAAUUUAAUAUUAGAAUUAUUGAAUCUUUUUAAACUACACUAGUUAAUUUUUACUGUCCCAUAUCUAAGGAUGAUCAACACAUGACAAAAAGAAAAACAAACUAAUACAAAUUAUAUAGGUAAUAGAAUACAAAUGAAAAUUUUUUAAAAUUUAGAAGGAGAAAGAAAUCUGGGUUUAUGUCAAUAGUUUUUGUUAUCUUAAAAUAGAAAAUAUGAAAAAAAAAUCAGAAAAACUAGUAAAAGUACAUAUGUAACCUUAAGAAAAGCCAAUAAAAUAUCAUUAGACGAAGACCCAUUGGCUUAACUCUUUGUAGCAAAACAGUUUUAUGAUGAACUCUGUGAAAAUAUAUUUAAAUUAGUUAAAUUAUUACAAUAUAAAAAAAACUUAUUAUAUCGAAGAUUAAAAACGGUGUGAAAUAUACCAUUAGCACAAACUAAAUUGUAUGAAAGUUUUACUUUUUAUUUGUUGCCUGCAAGGACAAAAUUAAAAAAAAAAAAAAACACCAAUUUUUUAAACCAAUACAUUUCUCACUGCUCAGAAUCUAAAAUCUAUAGAAAGUUUGAAUUAAGUUCCACACAAAUAUUAUGGAUAUGUAGAAAUAUUGAAUUUGGUAAAUGGUCAAACUAUAGAAGCAAAUGGUCGAUAUUAUGUUUAAAUAAGUAUGUUAAAAAUUUGAAUAUUUUGAAUGUUGGUUUAAUUAUAUUAAAACAUUAGUUAAGAUAAAUAACUUCAUAAAUGCUAUUCUAACACUUAAAAUGAUUAUUAAUAGUCUAAUAUAGGUACUUAUAGUAUGUAAUUUAUUUGAUCAAUUCCUAUUAAUUUUAAAUUAAGUAGAAUAGAUUCUUCAGCUGUUCAGUUUAAAUAAACAAAGAAAUCCUUUUAGUAUAUAUUUAAACUGAAAAACUGGAUUUGUCCAAAAGAUAAAAGAUGAUGAAUAAAAUUUAUUAUUAUUUCACUUAUUAAUUAUAAUUUUUUGACGUUCCAUUCCAGAUGUGAGGAGCGACCACAAUCACCGAUCACAAUGGCUCUCGAUGCGUUGCUACCAUAGAUAAGACACUAUAAACUGUGCUAUACCAUAGCGAGCCUUGAGUCGCUGACCGCUGUUUAUCUACAUCAACUAUCAUACAACCUUCUUUGGCAAUUGGCCUGCUAUUAUUUAGUGGUCCAGUAACCCCAAUCUCGAAACGAAAGAUUUGUUUUUUUUUUUAAAUUGUUGAUAAAUGCUUUAUUAGUAUUACAUAUGUGAGAUAAUAUCGGACUUAGAACGUUCUAUGAAGAUUCAAUCACUAAGUACUAAACAAAAGUUAAAACACGUCUCUUUUAGAGUACAAAAAAAGUGAUUUCAAAAAAAUAUUUAUGUAUAAGAAGACAAGUGGUGGACUGUUAUCACAUUCGGUUACUAGUAUUGUUAACUAUCGGAAACCACGACAACAUUUUGAUAAUAUUGUCAUGUUUUAUCACAACAUACAGAAGUAUUUAAAAUUCCACUGUGGGCCAAAAUUACUUCCCGGGGUCAAAGUUACCCCGGUUUACAUGUUGGUGUUGACAUUUUUGUUUCCUAUCAAUCCAUUGACAAAUUAUUCCAUUUUGAAGUUUGGGUGGGAGGAGAGUAACAGAGUAUCAUAUUGUGUGGUAGCACAACGCGCAGCGUUUGAAUACAUAAUGCUCCGCUAUUCUCCCCCUACGCUUGAAUAUAAGUGUUUUAUACGUAUAAUAAGGUUUUAUAAAAUACUAGAAGUUGUAGUAAUAAUAAUAUUUAAUAUUCUAUAAUAUCUACGGUAGUCAGGGGUUAUCAGGUCUAUCUUAAACCAUGUUUGGUACCAAUACUACCAACCUAAUUUGUUACUGUUACCUUAGUUAUCGAUAAAAUAUACAUUUGGUGCAAGUGUCUUCUUUAUAAUUAUAUAGAAGUAUUUUAUUAUAUCUUCAGGUUGUUUGCAACUUGUAAAAUUCGAACAAAAUAAUUCCGUUACAUAAACAACAAACAACAACCAUGAAAAUGAUAAAAUAAAAAAAAAACGGCGUCAUACAAAUGGGCGUAUGCCGCAUUCCGACAGUGAUAAUGUUAUAAACAUUUCUUAACCCGAUUACGCAUUCAAAUUUUGGUGUUUUGUUUAUUAAUUUUUUGUUAUAUCAUAGUUAUUUGUCUGUAGUUCAAAUAAAAUUAUUUAUUUAAGUGAGAGAGGCGAAGGAAAAGAAGAAGAAAUCCAUCAUUAUUAUCAUCCAUUAUUCAUCAUUGCUAAGACAAAGUCUACUUUUUUUGUUGUAAGUUAUCCUAACUAAUUCAGCGAUAGUUUUUAUUUUUUUUAUUCUUUAUCUACUAAGGUUGUAUUGUAAAUUGCGAUGAAUGGUCAAAAAACCUCAAGUUAAAAGUAUAUAUGAAAUACUGUAAACGAAUUUAAAAUGAUCGUCUCAGGUUAUUUAUCUAUUUUCGUUGUAUUGUGCUUAACUCCGUUUACUUGGUCACAAUUUUAUGAAGUGGACAUUGUUAAGAGCUGUCCGCAAUACUGGAUUCAGUACAACAACGUUUGUUAUAAGUUUGUGAAAUCGCCAAUUCGACAAAGAAAUGAAGCCCGUCGAAACUGUCAAGUAUGUAUUGAAUUUAUUAUUAUUAGAAGUGAGUGUAUUAUCUUCCUAUAUAUUAAAAACUAUUAUACAAUUGCCACGGGUAGAUCAUUGUUUUAUUAUCUAGAAUGUUUAAUGUAAUUUAGUUACACAUAAAAAUGUAGCAAAAAUAAAUGAUUACAAUCAAAAAAAGAUUUUGGUUAGCCGGUGAGAUUAGAUAACUAUUAUUCUUCUUUAAUAGCUUAAUGGUCUUUGCAGAACCUGAGCUGCCACAAGCAAACCUUUCCAUCUCACACUGUCAAAUGCUAACUUCACUGAAGCAUUUUUAUCUUUCGUUCACAUGUCUUUUUCUAUUACAUCCUUCCAUCUUAUUUGUGGCAUACAUAGUGGUCUAGCCUUAUGAGUGGUCCUGUUAAGGGAUUUUUUUUAUUAAAUCGUCUCCGACUCUCCAUGCAUGUCCAAACCAUUCUAAUUUCUUUGUCCUUAGAUACGACAGCAUAUUUGAUUUUCCAUAUAGAUUGUACAAGUCUUCAUUUUUCUUCUUUCAAAUGCUCUUUGUUCUAUAUUAUACACCACACCAAAAAUAUUUCUGAGUAUUUUUCUUUUGAAUAUUGCUCACUUAUUGUUGUCUCAUUUUGUUGUGAACCAUAUUUUGAUUCCUUAAGUAACUAUUGGUCUCAAAUACCUCGUGUAAAAUAAGGUUUAUAACUUUCUCAACAAUAUUUUAGACUUUAGUACCUUAUAGAUAUUUUAUAUUUUACGAUGUGAGAUUGUUAGUCCCAUAAUCAACCCCCAGUGGUGUUCCUAGACCCUUUUAUAGGAGAGGCAAUUUCAUACUAUAUAUUUGUAUACAUACAUAAAUACACUAUUUAUUAGGUAGUUGACCUAGUUUCACUCGGGGUGUUAAAUGUCAUAGUCAUGGUUAUAGAUUCAAAAAACAGUGAAAUCAUUAAAAUCAAUUUUUUUUUUAAAUUUCGGCUUUUAGGGAAAAACAAAGUUACUUAUUAACACAGUGACAGUAUUUAAAAUAUUUGUAUAUAAAUUUAAAUGUAAAAUAGUAGGUAAUAGAAGUAAUUAGGUAAUAAAGUGAGAAAAACUAUUUACAAAUUAUAGGUACUUAUUUAUAUCUCAUUUAGAGUUAAAAAAAUCUAGUUGAAUUUGAAUAUAAUUUGAUUGAUUCAAGAAUAAAAUUGACCUUGUGUUUCGAUUUGCUGUAACGAUUAACUAUGUUAUUAGUAUUUAAUGAAAUAUUAUUAUAAAUAUAUUCAUAAGUGCCAAGUCAAACGUGCUAUUGCCCUAUUUUAUUUCUCAACCAAGUUUUUUUAUCUAAUAAGCAUAAAAAAGCAAGGAAAUAAUUAAAAAGCAAAAACAAAAUUAUGUACAAAAACUUCAUUUAAUACACAACACUCAUUAUUUAUAAAAGUAUUAACUUUAUUUGGAACUUUCUUGAGUUCAAGUAUACAAGAAAUGUAUUAGAAUAUUUUUCUUAUAAAUUAUAUUUGAAUUCAUAAAAAAAAUAACCUUAUAGAUUUCUGGUAUUAAAAAUAGGGGUUUUCAUUUGAAAAAUAAAAUUUGAUACUCAUUUAAGGUAGAACCAGAGAUUAAAAAUAUCAUACCACUAAUUUAAGAUUUUAAUGUUUAAACAAAUUUCCCAAAAAAAAUUCCAAAAAAGUGAAUAAUAUUAAAAAUAAUUAAUGUUAUGUGUUGAAUGAAUCAGUUUAUCUGUGCUAGGUAUUUGUAGUUAAUAAUUAAUAUAUUUUUGUGUUUUUAGUUUAAUAGAUCUAGUUAUUAUAUAAUAUCCAGUGAGCAUUAUCCAUUAUCCAAUAAUUUUACAUAAUAAGUAAAACUUCUGUUUAGUUCAAUAAAUAACCCAUUUUUAAAUUAUUAUUUUAAACACUUGAACACUGAAACUACAACUUGUAUAACAAUAAAUGAGAAAUUUUGUAUUAAUUAUCAAUAAUCAAUCAUUAACUUGCAUAAAAAGGAAUAGGUAGGUAGAUAAAGAAAAUAAUUAUAACAUUUUUUUAUCAUAGCGCAAUAUAGUAUUAAGUAUACACUACAUUUCUUUCAAAACUUUCCUUAAAUCUAUUUUAGAUUCUGAGUAGAGCAAAGAAAGCUUAUGUUUUUACAAAGAUGUUUUUUUUUUUUAUCUAUUAACAACUUUUUUAUCAGAAGACUUGUUCGGAUUUCUAAGUGUAGCUAUUUUUCUAAAAGGAUAUCAGUGUGGGGAGGUUAUUAAAAGAGAUCAUUUUUCAAUUUUCUCAGGAGUUUUUCCAUCAAAUUUGAAAAACUAGGAAAAACAUCAGCAAAAUUGGAAAAAUCUGUACAACAUUAAACUAAUAUUAUUAAAGAAAAUAUAUUAUACUUAUUUAAUUAUUUUACCAUAAUAUGACAUAUAUUUUGUUGACAAAACAUCACUAUCAACUGAACUGUUUUUUUUGUAAGCAAUGGUUUAUUGUUGCUUAAAUUGAAACUCCAUUAUCCUAGGAUGUUUUUUUUUUAUCUACCCUUUCCUGUAUUAAUUUAUUGUUGAUGUCUUUUUGAUAACCUAGUAAAAAUUAAUUAGGUGCCAAUUUAUGAUUAAAUAAGAAACACAAUCUGCACAGUGUUGAAAAGCUAGAUUUCGCUGAAGAAAUACUAACUGGUAAAGUUCUCAAUAUAAACAAGAGCUUUUUUAAUUAUGGGAAAAAAUACUAAUUCUAGAUACCAUUUGUUUUAUUUCAGAGGGAUAAUAUUCGUUUUUUUUUUUCAAAUCUGAUAUGUGAUAUCACAUUAUUUUCAGUAGAAUUUUGUAUAUUUUCCUAGUGUGAUACAAAUUACAUAAAUUUGAAGAAAAAAAAGGCUAUUGGGGGAGCAACUGCCCCAUUCGCUCCUCUCCCACCUUGUGGAUGCCCCUGUCAACCCCCUUUUCAUAGGUGUUAUAGGAGCUAAGAGCUCUCGAUAUAGUCUAACCUAACUAGAAGUGUCCCCCUGAGGGUAGAUAACUAGUAUAAGUCAUGAUUUUUCCCUUGUACAGUUAUCCAAACUAACACAGAAAUAAAACUGAUAUAAUAUCAUCUAUUGCGUUAAGUUUUUAUUAUUUUUUUUUUUUAAUUAGUUAAAAUAAAAUACCUACUACUAGAUAAAAAUUUUAGAAGUUUUGAUGGAUUUGAAUGAAAUAGAUUGUUAUUAUUUUAUAGAAAAAUUAAAUUUUAAAGUAGAUGAAAACCAAACUAAUUUAUAUGCUUUGAAAAUAUACACUCUUUUAGGUUCCCUGUUUAAACACUUUUAUUGUAAAUUCUAGUUACUUGGAUUAAUUUGUUCACAAUAUCAAUAAUAUUGAAUGAGCUAUUAAUGCAUAUUUAAAAAAUGGUUUUCCCUAGUUUUUAUUUUUUCCCUGUACUUGUUUUAAUCAUUUGUUAUUUGCUCACAUGCUAUUAUAAGCAUUCGCGCAUGAACUCUUAGUAAAUGCAGGGUUAAAUUACAUGCGCACCAAAUUAUUCAAAAAAGGGGGGACCACAACCAAAGCUGAAGCUAAGAAACUUAUUAACCUUUAAUCUUCCAACCAGCACCGAAUAAGAGCGAACCGAAGCAAUAGUAAAAUGUUAAAUUGUACAUAACAUAACACAUUAGCGAUGACAUAUAAAAUAAUAAAAAAAAAAAGUGUACUACUAAGAAAAUAAUAUAGAUAACCGCGACUAUUAAUGGGUCCCUUAUGAGCAUAUAUAACUAUGCCUGAAACAUUAUCUAAUCAGAUGAGUCCAUCACAAUUAAAUGUGAGCAACUUUGUAUCACAACAUUCUAUGAAUAUUUUUGGACUUGUAAUAAUUUUGAGUGGAAAUAUUAAUUAUUUGUAAACUCGAGUUGGAGUUUGAUUUAUUUCAACAUUUUUCCUCCAAGUCCUAUUCCUAUGUUGGGCCCAUUACACAUUAUAUAACUUAUAUCAUGCUAUACUAUUCUUUUAGUAUACAUAAUACCUAUGGUAUUAUUUAACUAUUUACAGUAUAUUAUAAGUUUAAUUGUAUUAUGUUAUUUUUUUAAUAUUGUGAUAUUUACCAAUACCUACUGCUGAUAUUAUUGUAUUACUAUACUGUAAAUGGAAUUUAAUUUCAUAAAAAUAAAAAACUAAUAGUCUCUCCAUCAUAUAAAUAGAAAGUUACUCAGAAAAAAAAAUAAAUAUGCAAGAAACAACUUGGCAUGGAAUUUGUUGGUUAUAUUUUGUUUAAAUAUUAGUUUAACUUUAAAAAGUAUAGUAAAAUAACUAAUUUUAAACUAAAUUUGACUGAUCUAUAACUAUUACUUACUGAAGAAGAAAAGAAAAAAAAAAUUUGUAAAACCAUUUAGAAUUUACAUCUACAACAAAGCUUUAUUAAGAACUUAAUUAUUAUUUAUUAUUAUUUAUUAAUAUAAGUAAAAUAGAUAAAUUGAAUAAGAGAAAAAAAACUAAUCCUAUUAAAGCAAAGAAACUUUUCAUCAUAUUUAGAAUUUAAAAUUAACAAAAAAUAAAAAUUUAGUCUAGAAUAUUAUUGAUAGAGUUUUAUUUACAAGCAGUUUUAAAAAUCAUUAUAUAACAUUUGCUGGUUAAUAAAACCCAAAACUGUUAAUUGCAUCCCAAUAUCAGGUAAAUAAAAAAUCUAUCAUGUGUAUUGUAUCCAACAAAAUUUUGAUUGUGUUCUGUUUGGAUUUGGAUUGUGACCAGUGAUUACUAAUUAUUAUAUUAAAAGAUAUUACUUAUAGGUAGAUAAGAAAAUAAUAUUACAUAGUGUCAUUAUUUAUUAGUUAUUACAAUUAGCAAUACAUAAUAAUUAAGCAUUGCAAUAAAAAAAAAAAAAUUAUACAUCUAGGUAUAUUAUCAAUGUUUUCUUUAUUAUAAUUUUUUUUUUUUUUUGAAAUUGUAAAUAUGACAUUAAAUACCUAAAUUUUAGGUAUUUGAAAUUUACAGUCAAUAUUUUUUUGUUAUAGAUAAUUAUUAUUAUUAUUAUUACCUGCAGUUAAGAUUUUUAAUUAUCGUGGUAUUAUUGAGAGGAAAACAUUUUUUUUUUAAAUAAUCUAAUCUGAAUAAAAUAUUUCCUAAAUUGUUUAUUUGUUUUUGAUAGAUUUUUGUUUUUAUUUUAAUUUUCUUUGUGUUUUAUUCCAAUUGGAAUUAAUUUUUAAUAUGUUGUUAUUAAUUAAAAACUCGAUGGUUCUCACAUCCCCAGUCUAAUAUCUGGCUUGCAAUCACUUAAAAUAAUAUUGCCACACACAACGGAAAUUCCCGAUUUUUCAUGUUGAAUGCAUACCUACUACAACCAAACCCAAUUGAAACUCUAAAAUGGAGAAAAAGAUCAAAAUAGGAUGUAAUCAGCCAGUAAAACAUAAUCAAUAUACACUAAUAUCAAUUGAACAAGAAAGAAAAAACAUCCUAGUAAAAUUUACAUUGCUGUUAAAACAUUUUUUUUUUGUUUGUUAACUAUUAGAAUAUGUUGGAAUAUGUGAAUUUGUUCUCUAAAAUCAAAACUUUUGAAUAAACUCCAAACUCUGAAUAAAACUCAUAUUAAGACAAUAACAUAGGUACAUUAGUUGACUUUAAAUCUCAUAUUAUUUUGUUUAGUAUUACUAGUUACAACUCAAUAUUUUGAAAUAGAUUUUUUAAAAUUCAAAGAAAACUUAACAUUUAAAUAUCAAGCUCUACUUAGAACGAUUUUCUGAUUAUGAUAAUUUAUUAUCUGUUCCAAUUAUUUCUGAUUCCUUUAAAUUUACUGUUUUGUUUUACUUUUAUCAUAAUUUUAUUUUUAGUAAUAUAAGUUAAAAAAAAUUUUUUUUUUUAGGCUUAUGAGGGUGAAUUAGCUAGUGUCAAUAAUUUAGAGGAACAUGGUUUUCUCAUUAACCAACUUUUGCAACUCGAUCAACAGCAUCAACAGUGGUAUGUAAGUGGUAAACAAACAAGCCCUGGUGUCUGGUCAAAUGAUGCAGAUACUAGUAUGCCCUUAAUUGAUAUUGAAAAUGCCCUUUUACCUGAACAACACUCUACUUUAAAUAGAGAUUAUUUAGCUUAUACGUAAGUGAUUUUAAUGUGUACACAUAUGGUAUUAGACCUAAAUAUUUACUUGGAAAAUAAAGUUUUUGAUUAUUAUUUUGUAAAUAAAUAAAUAUAGUGGGAAAAAAUUGGGAAAUAUUUAUAGAGGAAUUUUGAAAGGCUGUAGUAAUGCUAAAAUCCAGAAUUUAAUUUAUUUUAAAAAAUAAACUAGUUUUCACUAUUUAAUGUUUCCUAUUUUUUUUUUCUAGGAAAUCUUUUUUCCAUUAACAAUAUGAAAAAUAUCUUCCAUUUUUAUCCUCCAUAAAACACUAAUUAUCUUAAAAAGUAUUUACUUUUUUAAAUUUUUCGUAAGACAAUAAGUGAAAAACAAAUAUUUCUGAAAUGUUACAUUGUCAUUAUUUUUAUCACAUUUAUUUUUUGAGGUAAAAACAUUAUCCAUUUAUGAUUUUAAAAAAGCAACUUACAUUAAAAAUUAGUUUUUUUUUUUUUUUUUAUCCAAAAAUAACAUUAAUGGAACAUUUUAGAGUUAUUUACAAAGAAGAAAAAAGUAUAUACUCUCUGAGAUAAUGAGUGUUUAAUGAGUUCAAAGAAAUUAUUUUCUGAGUAAUAUUGUAGUCUAUUUAAGUAUAUUAUAAUUAUCAUUGGUGUUUAUUAAAUAGAUAAUUGAGUGAUAUAAAUGUAUAAACUUAAUUAGAGUUUUGUUAUUAGGUACCUCUGUAUAAUUAUUUCAACUAUACAUUUUUCAGAUAUUCUAACCAAUUACAAAAAUGGGGAUUUGAAAAAGUUCCAGGUGACAGAUAUUUACAUUAUAUAUGUGAAAUACCUGCUGGUAAACAGAAUAUACAAUCAGAACAACGGUCAUAUAAAUAUGGAUAUAAUAUUGAGGAUGAUGAGAAAAUUCCUCGUGGUCCUUAUUUCAUAAAACAACCAGUGAAUGUAGUAUUUGAUGGUUCUAGGAAAGGAAUUACAAAUGAUGUAACUUUAAAGUAGGUAUAUAUUAUAAUAAUUCAUUAAAUUAUAUUAUUAUAGUUGAAUUUUUGAUGCUUUUUUAAUUUUAGUUGUCUUGCUGGAGGUUAUCCAUCACCAACCUAUGAGUGGUUCAGAGAAGAAUAUGACAAUAAUGAUCAAUUGUUAUCAUUGAGAAUAGAUCCAUUGAGUAAUAGUAGAUUUACCUUAACAGGAGGCACACUCUUAAUUUCUUCACCCCAACCGGUAAAAAAAAAAUUAUAUAUUAUAUAUUACUAGCAUAGGAUAUAUAUUGUCCUAUGGUUAUUCAUGCCAAAAGAAUUAAUACAGUCCAACAACACUCUGUGUAACCAGCUUCUAUAGAUAUUAUCCUCACCACAAUUAUAACGUUUUACUGAUUCAUUGUUUUAUUUUAAAUUUAAAUUAGUUAAAAUUCCAAGCGUUGCAAGGGACCUAUUGUUUUACUAAGAUGUUUAUUUCUUUUUUUUUCUUCUAGUCUGUAGACACAUUUUUACCUAGUAAACUUGCGGUGUUUAAGUUGUCUAUAUUGAACUUUAAACAGGUAAUUUUCGACACCAUUUUUUAAAUAAAAGCACUUAAGUGGGAAAAAACAUAGGAAAACAUACAAUUUCAUUAUUUUUUAAAAACACCAUGCACAUUUUCUACCAGAAAAAAUGAUUUAAUCGAAAUAUCACAAGACAUCUUUUUUUUGACGUUUUGAUUUACUUUUUUCAUUAUUAAAACUUUUGAGUCACUUUUGAGCUUUAAAGGAAUUUUAAGUUUUAGGAGUUUUUUUGCUGUAAUUCGGUUAUAAAUACACGUUGAGACUUGAAACGGUAAUAAUACUUAUUGGAUCUUGCUAGAAGUGUAAAAUUUCCAAAAUCAUCAGAUGACUUUUUUAAAUUUUUUUUUUAAUAAGCAUUUUGAAAUCAAAUUUAAAUGAAAAUUGCAAAAAUUAUGUACUACCGAACUGUGCUUAGAAUUGUCUUUUGUCAAGCAAUGGUUUAUCAUUGCUUACAGAUAUAAAUAAAAUAACCUUAUUUAUCCUACCUACCCAUCUUCACACCUACACCAGUGGCCACUCCCAUCCUCAGUAUCAGCUCUUUUUUUUUUUAUUUAACCCAUAAAUCAACAAAGAAUAAUUUGAUUUUUAUAUAAUAAGUACUAACAAUCCUGUAUGAGACCUCUUUUAGGGUGGAUUUCAAGGAAACUGUAGCCUAUAAUUAUUCUUAGCCUAGAACUGCAUCUAUGCAAAGUUUCAAAGUUCAAUUUGGUCAGUAGUUUUGGCAUGAUUGGGUAACAAACAUUGAUCCAAACAAUUAAUGGUUAAUUUGGGUUAUCCUUAGAAGAUAGACAUACCAUUCAUUUACUUUUUUGUAGGCAUUUUUAAUAUAUACUAUUUCGCAGUUCAUUAUUUUUAUGUAUCUUAUAAGGUUAGCAAUGUAAGUGUUUAAAAAUAUUUCUUUUUUACAAGUUGAUUACAAAACAUAGACUUUUAUCUAUUUUCUAUAAAUAUAAUAUUUAAUAUUUUUUUAAAUCAUCUGGAAGAAAUUAUUUAAAUGAUAGUGAAAAUCAUAUUAAAAUCUUAAAAUCUGUUGCAUAGUUUAAAAGAACUAAGAAAGUAGACUAAUGUGGAGCAACUAUUUUUUUUUUUACUAUUCAAUGAUUAUUUAUUUUAUGAUACUUUAUAAAAUAUAACUUACUUAUAUGUUAUAAUAUUUAUUAUUUUUUAUUUUUAUUAGAUUGGGGAUAGAGGUCGGUACUAUUGCAAAGCAUCAAAUAUGUUUGGUUCUAUAAUUUCUGAAAGCAUUAAACUUUCUUUUGGGUUUAUUGGUGAAUUUAAUUUACAACGUGCUCCUGAGCGGGGAAAUAAAAAUUGGGGAAAAACCAUAUUUUGUGAUCCGCCUCAAUAUUUUCCUGGUAAGACAAUAGUAUAUUUUGUAUUUUAAAUACAUAUUAUUAAAUUGAUUAUAACUUGUAUUUUAGAUGUGAGAUAUAAUUGGGUAAGAGAGUCAUUUCCAAAUUUAGUGCAAGAAGAUCGUAGAGUUUUUGUAUCAUUUGAUGGUUAUUUAUAUUUUUCCUCAUUGGAAGACAUGGACCAAGGAAAUUAUAGUUGUAAUGUUCAAAGUAAAGUUUCAAAUACAGGCAAAAAUGGGCCUUUAUUCCCAUUGCAAGUAGUAACACAUUGUAUGUACAUUUUAUUUCAAUUGAUUUUAAAUGGUACUCUUAAAAGUAAUAAUCAUUGUAUUUUUUAUAGCUGAUUAUCAACAGCUUAUAUUACCAAACAAUUUUCCAAAAGCUUUUCCUGAAGCUCCCAUUUCAGGUCAAGAAGUACGACUUGAAUGUGUGGCAUUUGCUUAGUGAGUAAUCAUUUUUGGUUUAUAUUUUAUCUAACUUAAAUAUUUGUCUAUUUUAAUUAUAUUUAUCACUAGGUGUCUUGCGCCAGUUCCUGUGCUAAUUUUUUAUUAUUUUUAUCUUUAUUCCCAUAUUGCUUUGCCCAUAUUAGUGUAUUGACAUAAAGAAAAUAGUUUUGGUAGUCCGAUGGACAAAAAAUAUUCUAGUGUGUCAUACUUUUUUCAUCCAUGUUACCAUAGAUACUCACACAACAUAUUACACAUUAUUUAAUUAUAUUAUAUCUACUAUAUUAACAUUAUUAAUAGUAUUAUUAAUAUACCAAAAAAUACAAAGAUUCAAAAACACCGGUUUCACUUUUCACUUACCCAGUACAGUGCAUAGUUUUGAGUUUUUUUCUUUAUCCAUGUUAACAAGGUAGCCCAUAUUAUUUCAAGCCAAUAUUAGACCACUAGACAGUCAGACAGACUCUUUAUUUGAAGUUGUCAUAGUUAUUAUAAAAUUUUAUUUUUGUUUAUUAUUUAUUUUUUUUGUUUAAAAAUGUUUCAUUUUGUGUUAUUAUGGUUAUCCAUAAUUCAAUUGAAUGCUGAUCUAUAACUAUGUACUAAAUUUCUAUUGUGAUUUUUAGUUUUUAAGGACUGUUGUCUUUCUCUCUAUGCCAUAAGCCACUGCUAGAUUCCUAUGCACUAGUUAGCAAGUUUCAGCUCUAUUUUAAGCAAGGCGCUGCACUAGAUUCUCUGGCCCGUGAUUGAGACUCAUAUUUUUUCUAAUUUGCUGACUCUGAAUUUUCAGAAAAAUAUUCUCCAAUUCAACAUAUUUUUGAUAAUCUUGCUUGGAUAUUAUGUUUAGUAGUUGUGACCUUUUCUUUCUAGACAUAUUGUUUGAAUGUUUUUUUUUUCAAAUCUAAAAAAAUAAGAAUAAACAGUGUAUGUGCUUCAUUAUUGUUAAGUAAUAGUGUAAAGAAUAGUAAAAUAAAAAUAAUAAUAACAAUAUUUUUGUUGUCCAUGACAACCAAAUAAUGAUCCAUAACACCAAGAUAACUCACAAAAUAACAAUAAAUAAAUAAUUAAACAAUUACCAAAAACAUCUAAAAACUUAAUUAUUGUAAUUUUCAUAUGGAUUCCUUUUUUUUUCUAUGAAUAAAUAUAGCCUUUGUUACUCAGGGAUAAUGUAAGCAUUUUAAUGGUGAACAAAUUGUUUAAAUCUGUCCUGUAGGUUAUAAACAUACAAAUCUUUCCUCUUUAUAAUAUUGAAUAUUAUAGUAUAUUAUUAUUAUUAUAAAUUAUUAAUUAUUGUUGUAUUAUAUAUAGUAUAGAUGUAGAUUAUUAGAACAUUAGUUAAAUAAAAAAUGUAUAUAUUAUAUAUAUUAUGUUUAAUUUUAGUCCUGUACCUUCAUAUAAUUGGACAAGAAAAGGCUAUCCAUUACCUAAAGGUUCUAUUUUAGAAAGUUACAAUCGUGUGUUGAUAAUUCCAGAAGUUCAAGUAGAAGAUCAAGGAGAGUAUGUUUGCCAUGUUUUUAAUGAUAGAGAUAGUAAACAAAAAAGUGUAUCUCUUACAAUACAAGGUGAUUAUAUAAGUUAUCCAACAAUAAUACACUUUAUUAUUUAUCUUCAAUUUUAUUUAAAUUAUUUAUUUUUAUAAAAUAUCAAUAAUAUUAAUAACUACUUUUCUUUUAUUUAAUCAAUGAAUAAUAUAAUUUAUUAUAAACUUUAAUAUUAAUCUAGCUGAACCAAAUUUUACUAUUCCACUUACUGAUAAAUAUAUGGAUAAUGAUGACACUUUAACAUGGUCUUGUGAAGCAUUUGGUGUGCCUGAUGUAACAUAUAAAUGGUUCAAAAAUGGCAAACCAUUAGAAAUUGAAAAAUUAGACUCUAGUGAUCAAAUGCGAUAUUCAAUACAAGAUAAUGUAUUAACCAUACGAUUUUUGAAAGAUGAUAAAGAUUCUGGAAUGUAUCAGUGUCAAGCAUCAAAUACCUUGAAAACUCGUUAUUCUUCUGCUCAAUUGAAAGUGUUGAGUAAGUUAUAAGUUUAACACUGUUCUGCUAACAAGUACAGAAUAUUAAAUACAAUUAUAUGUGUUUAUAGGAAUAAGCCCAUCAUUUAAAAAAAAACCAGUCAAAUCUGAAAUUUAUGGUGCUGAAGGCAAAAAUUUAACUAUUGAAUGUAAUCCAGAGGCAGCACCUAAACCAAAAUUUACAUGGAAAAAAGAUGGAAACAUUAUAGGUUAGAUGUGUUUGUUUUUAGUUUAAUUGAUAAUUUAAUUUGUUUGAGUAAAGUAGGAAAUUUGCUGGUGUACAUUUUGUGUUUUUAUCAAGUAUUAUAACUUUAAGUAUUCAAUUUUUACAUUGACUUAUUUUUCUAUUUGGCAUGUAAUGCAGCUAAAUAAACAGGCAUGUUAAUAAAAUUAUUUAGUGUAAUGAAAACAUUGAAAAACAAAAAAAAAAUGAUUUGAUUAAAAUUGGUUUAUUUUGAUCACGGUUAUUAUCAAAGUCUUAGGCACAUCACAGCAAUAAGGAAAACACAUGGUUUUUCUGGAAUGCUUGUUUAUUUAGUCAUGUAACAUAAAUUAUAUUUUAUGUAGUUAAAAAUUGCACUAUUAUCAAAGAUGAAAGAUGGUAUAAAUUAUUUUCAUAGGAUCUGGAGGUAAGCAUCGCAUUUUGGAUAAUGGAAAUUUAGUUAUUAAUCCAGUUCGAAAAGAUGACGAAGGUAUUUAUACUUGUAUUGCUCAAAAUAUUGUGGGUAAUGAUGAAAGCCAUGGAAAACUCAUUGUAAUGCGUAAGUUAUAAUUUUUAGUUUUUGACUUUACAGAUUUGUAUAUAGUAAUUAUUAUAGGAGGUCCAGUGUUUGUUGAACAACUUAAUCCUCAAAUUCGAACAGUUAUUCAACAUGAUUUAUUAUUAAGAUGCCAAGCAACUUCAGAUGAACUCUUAGACAUGGCAUACAUUUGGACCCACAAUAGUUUGCCAUUAGUUGAUUCUAAUUCUGAGAAAAUUGGACACGUUGUAAGUAUUAAUUAUUGAUUUAUAAUAUUUAAUCAUGAAAAUGUAAUAAUGGUGAAAAAAUGUUCUGGUAUAGUAUUUUUUUUUUAAAAAAAACUGCGAUGUUUGUAAUUAUUAUAGAGCAUCAAUGGUGGAGAAUUAUAUAUCCAUAACUUGACAUUAGAGGACUCCGGUGAAUAUAAAUGUUUUGUUCGCAGUGUUGUAGGUGACAUUUCUUCAAUGACUACAUUAUAUGUUGACGGUCCUCCUGGAUCUCCUGGUAAAUUUCAUAUUUUUUUUCAUGUUUCUAUACAAGUUAAUAUUAUUAAAAUUAAAUUAAUGAUGAUUUAGGGGGUGUACAAGUUGAAGUUUUAAAAACAUCAGCUAAACUUCAAUGGACUGAUGGUUCUGCAAAUGGACGCCAAAUUACACGAUAUGCUGUAAGUGCCCGAACUCAUUGGAACAGUACUUGGUAUACUAUUGCCACAGGUAAGUUUAAUUAACUAAUUUUAUUUUGGUUUCCUAAGAAAUAUUGUGUUUCAGAUAUUAUAGCCAAGGAAGUGGAUAGAUACAAUGGCCGAAAAGAAGCAUUUUUAGAAAAUGUACUGCAACCCUGGUCUAAAUAUGAAUUUAGAAUGGCUGCAGGUAAUGAUAUUGGAUUUGGCGAAAUAUCUCUUCCUUCUCCUCAAGUUAAUUCGCCAGCUGAUCGCCCAUACAAAGCCCCAUCAAAUAUCACAGGAGGUGGAGGAAAAAUUGGAGAUUUAACCAUUGUGUGGAAAGUAAUGGAUUUUUACUCACAAUUUUCUAUAACAUUUCUAAUUUGAAUUUACCAUUUAGCAACUACCUCCUCAAGAUCAAAAUGGACCAGACAUUUUUUAUAAAGUUUACUGGAGACGUUUAAACCAUGAUACAGAUUUUCAGUAUGAAACAUUACAAGAUAGUGGUAAUAUUGGAAUGGCUGUUGUACACAUUAAACCAGAAUUUUAUUAUACUCAAUAUGAAGUUAAAGUACAAGUAUGACUUUCAGAUAAUAUUGUCUAUCUAAAUUAUUAAUUUUUAUUACUAAUUUUUUGUUCAUAGGCAUUCAAUUCAAUUGGAGCCGGUCCCAUUUCAGAGCCUAAAGUGAUUUAUAGCGCAGAAGAUAUGCCUCAAGUUUCCCCUCAACAGGUGUUUGCAAUUUCUUAUAACUCAACUGCUGUAAAUGUAAGCUGGAUUGGAAUUGACCAAUCACGUGAAAUGUUGCGUGGAAAAUUAAUUGGCCAUAGGGUAAUUAUAUAAUAUACAAUAAAAUAAAAUAUAUAACAAAUUAUAUUAUUUUGUAAUUGAUUAGUUGAAAUAUUGGAAAAAAAAUGAUAUUGAAAAAGAAGAAGAUGCAGUUUACUAUUUGAGUAGGUCAACCAAGCCUUGGGCACUUAUUGUAGGAUUGCAACCAGAUACUGAAUACUAUGUGAAAGUAAUGGCAUUUAAUUCUGCUGGUGAAGGUCCAGAGAGUGAGAGAUACAUAGGUAAGAUACAAAAUGAAUAUAAUAUGUUUAUUAUAUAAAAAUAAUUUGGAACUUUUAAAUAGUUUGCCAUUUAAAUAUCUGUCACCUAUAAGCGAUCAUUAAAUAAACAUACAAAUUUGAAUAGUAAAAAAAUAGUUUUAUAUUUAAAUAUUCAAAUUUUUUUUUUUAUGUUAAUCUAAAAAAUAAAAUAAAGUGACAAAUUUAUAACUAUUCACAUUAAUUUAAAUAAUUUUAAAAUGACUCAUCUGAAUUGACACUGAAUUCAGGAAACAGGAUAUGGGUACUAUGCCACAUAACUUAAAGUUCAUGAAAAAAAGAAAUGACAUCACAAAUCCCACAUUAUAAUAAUAUAUUCAAUAUUUAAAGAAAAAAAUUGGACUUAACAUAUCUUACAAGAUACAUAGAGAUUUUUGCUGCCUUUUGUUUAUAAAUAACACAUUUUUCACAAUUGGUGACUUACAACUUUUUCACAUCCAGCUGCAAAUUAGAGCAUAAAAUAAAUUCUAGAAUAUAUAAAUUUUACAUGCAAAACAUUAAAUUAAACUGAACUUAAAAAAUGUAAUCACUUUAAUAAAUUGAUUAGUGUAUGAUAUAUCUUGUAGGUUUUAAAUUUGUAUACAUUUCUUUACAGAACGGACUUAUAGGAAAGCUCCUCAAAAACCACCAUCAUCUGUUGAAAUUGAAGGCAUUAAUCCUGACUCUAUUGUUGUUAGUUGGAGAUAUGUCCAACCUACACUUGAUGAAGAACCCAUUAAGGGUUAUAAGGUUUGUAUUAUUAAAAAUAUAUAUUCUGAUUUUUAUACCUAUAAUCUUGAUUAUAUACCUAUGUAUAAAUAUAUGAUAUUUGUGCAAAGGUCCGUGUUUGGGAAUAUGAUCAAGACAUGAGUACUGCAAAUGACACUAUUGUAACAAUUGGAAGUACAUUAGAAGCAAAAAUUACAAAGUUGACACCCGGAAAAGUAUAUAAGUUAAGAGUAUUGGCAUAUUCAAAUGGAGGUGAUGGACGGAUGUCAUCACCAGCUCAUACAUUUCAAAUGGGUAAAGUUAUAAUAUAGCAUUUAUUUCUAUGAGCCUUGAUUUAAAUACUUUUAUGUUUAUAACAUAUACUGUAUUUAAGAUAUUUUGCAAGUGAAUGCAUAGAAUGAGGGAGAGGGCUAUGGGAGCUAUUAUUUCCCUCCAUAUUCUCUUCUAGACCGCUCAACAUUUCUGACAGCUAACCCCCUAUAAAAUAAGAAUACAAGAAUAUAUUUUUUUGGUACUUUUUUUUUGCGAAAAAUGUACACAAUAUCUAACUAUUUAAAGCUUGUUUUAUACUUUAAAUUAAAAUAAAUGGAUAUUUGAUAGUAUUAUUUAUUUUAGGUUUGAAAAUUAAAUUUUCAACAGAAAGUUUACAAGUUUGAGUUUAUAUUGACAAAUUUAAAAUAUGAUGAGAGUUUAAAAUUUUAUUUAACAAUAUAAAGUAAAGAUUUUUAUUAUAGUAAAGUAAAAAUGAUUUAUUUAAGAUUCUGAGUAUAAAAAGCUAUUAGUUACCUUUAAGGGAGGUACUAGUACCUAGGAGUAGAUAUAUAUAUAUACAUAUAUGUACCCAUAUAAAUAUUUUUGUUAGAGCUAUAACCACCCCUCCUACACAGGCAUACAAAACAAUCACACUACGACUAUACAAGUGUUUGAGAGUUUUGUUUAAUUAUUACAUAUUUUUUUUAAAAAAUUGAAUACAUAAACUAUUAUUAUUCUUUAUAAAAUAUAUAAGUUAUCACAACAAUGAAUCUUUCACAUAUUUGUAUGUCUACAAUAUUUGUGAAUAUUAGGAACAUUAAACAAUAUUUUUAGAUUUGAAGUGUAGGAAACUAUUGGUUUUACUAUGAUAAGUGUUUUUUUUUCUGUCUGAACAUUUGAGCAAUUUGUAUAGACAUAUUAAUUUUGUAAGAUUUUUUAUGUAAUUUUUUUUUUUGGUAGGUACUCUGGAUAAAUUGGUAGACUUAACAAAAAAGCUUGACAAUUUGAUAGGAGGUUUAUAAUAUUAUUAUAAAAAAAUAAUUUAGUUUAAUAUAGUAUUUUUUGUUUUUUGUAAGAGUUAAUAUUAAAUUUUGAUUGAUAAAUAUCAUGAUCGCCCAAAACAUAUAUAACUGAGAAUGUACUGUUUCCGCCAACAUUUAAAAUUUAAAAUGAAAAAGGUUUGAUUCCCAUUUCCGACAAUAUACCUGUCAAAGUUAUUAUACUUACAUUACAAAGUUUUAUCAAAAGGUCAUUUUCACAUAAUAUAAUAUUUGGUCUAUUUAUUCCAUAUCAUUUAUAAUAGUUUUUAUAAAAUAAAUUCCAAAGCAAAGUCAUCAAAAGUCACUUUUACACAAUAUAAUAUUUUGCCUGUUUAUUCUGUUUUAUAUAAUAGUUUUAUAAAAAUAAACAACAACAAAAUACAGUCAUAUUAAAAGUCAUUGACAUAAUGUAUUGUUUAUUUACUUAGCAUAAUUAAAUACAACACAUUUGAUAUAUGAGUAAUGUGAUAUUUUUUUUAUUUUUAAAAUCACUUAUAGUUUUACUAGUUUUGGUACAUUUUAAUAAAGUGAAUUAUUUUUUUUAUCAUUUUGAAUAUUUAAAUUGGUGGUGCUAUUUUUUUUAAUGUGUCUGUCUGAACAUUUUCAAUCAAAAUUUUUAAAAAUAUACUAAUAGUUGGGUGUGAUUUAUAAAACUGUUCAUUAAAGUAAGAAUGAAAUGAUUCACAAUUAUUAGUAGUUUAUUAUUGUUAUUAUUAUUAUUAUUUGUAGACAUAAAUUUCCCAUAUUUUUGGAAGGAAUAUUGAAUUUUCAUGUACCUAUAUAAGUGUCUUAAUAAAUAUAUUGUAAAUAUAAAUGAUUAUCUGCAAUAUCUGACAUAAAAUCAAGUACAAAACAAUGAUAAGGCCCCAUCAACAGACACUGUUUCAGUUUUAUAAAUAAAGCUUAAAUUAGUUUGCAAGAAAAAAUAAUUAUAUUUGCAUUUAAAUUGUUACCAUUAAAAAGUUCUCAUUUUUAGAAGUUAUGGGUUUUAAAAAAUCAAUAACUUCAUGUACUUCAUCUAUGCAAGUUGGAUAUUUUGAUAAAAUUUGAUUUCUGGCUCGAUUAAUGCAUUUAUGAAUAGCUAAAACAUCUCUUGUGUUAAUAUUGAUGUUGGAAUUUAAUGAAUAUACUUUAGACAAAAUAAUUGUUUUUGGAUUAUAUAUUAUAUAUAUUCAAUUGCUUUUCUUUUAUAUGUUGUUUAAAUUUUUUGUCUAUGGGUUGUACUGCAUGGCUCGUGAUUGUGAUCUGCUAUAUGUAAAUGUAUUUAUUAAUAAUACAAUAUUGACUAUAAUAUAUUUCAUUUAAAAUUCUCUGUAAAAUAAAUUUUAAAAGUUACCAUUUCUUUUGACUAUUUCAGUUUUUUCAUUAGUAUAAACACUAGCAGAAUAAUCUUUUUUGUAACAUUUCCAUCUGUUAGCGGUAAAGUAAUACUUAAAAUCAUCCAAAACUAACAUUUUUCUACCAAUUUUACUUUCAAUAAAUUCAAUAUCUUUUAUCUUAUAAUAGAUUUAGUUUAUAAUAGGAAACAGGUUUGAUAUUACUAUUAUUUUAGAACAGUAUUAAUUUUACAAUUGUAGGGAGUAAACAGAUUGAAUAUAAAUUGAAUAAAUUUAAUAAAAUAUAUGAAUAAACAGAUAAAAUAUUAUAUAUUAAGAAAAAGUACUUUUUUUGAUGUAACUUUAACAUGAUAUAAAAAUACAAAAUUUCCUCUAAAAAUGUAUAAUGUAUAUAUACAAAUUUUACCAUUUUUGUGGAACUGAUAAUCAAACCUUUUUUUAAAUUUAAUUUAAUUAAAUUUAAUUUCAUUCUGAUUUACAUUAUCAAUGAUAAACCAUUUUUGUUAGUUAAAAGUAUAAAUUAAAUAACUUUAUGUAUGUAUCCACCCUUGCCCACUACCCACUUAUAACAGUGGCCAUACCCCUCCACAGUAUCAGCCUUUUUUUUUGUUCUUACAAUUGGUUUUAAUAAUACCUACAUGUGUAAUUGCAGGAAAUCCUAAAUAGUAAGAAUAGUGAUAGGCAUAUGUAUAAACAUAAAUUAUUGUAUACAAAAUAGAACAACAAGCUUACACUUCUCUUUCUAAAUGUAAGUAAAAUGAUAAAUAAAAUUGUUCAGCAUGCAAUUUAUGAUGUUGAUACCAACCUUAUAUUUUAACUUAAUAUGAGUGUGUGAAAUUGAUUAUUGAUAUUAAAUAAUAUUGGUACUUGGUAGUAUUUAUUCAAUGUGUUUUAUGUUUAGUUUUGCAUGCAUUUUAUUCAGAAUUAAUUUUUUACUGUUCUUAAGUAAUUUGGUAUUAAUAAUUUAACAUUUUGUUUUAAAUAAAGUACUUUCAGCUAAUCUAAAAUUGUUUUGUAAUAUCUAAUAUUUAAUAAUUUCCUACAUUAAACAUUUUUUAAUCAUACUCUUAAAUUAAGAAUUUGAAUAUUAAUUAUACUUACAACUACAAUUUCAUUUUAUUAUAUUCGAUUGUAAAAUACAUACUGUAAUGCAAAUAUAUAUACCACCAAACUAAUUAAUUUGUAGAUUUGAUAGAUUUAGUUAUUAUAUAUUAUUAAUUAAUUAUUAUUAGAAUUAGUAAAACCCUAUAACUUACCGACUUGACUACUGCUUGAAAUUAUUUUUAAUUUUGAAAAUUUACUAUUUAUUUAUUGUUGUUUUCAGUAACUAACCCAAAUUAACUAUUGACUUAAUAUUCCACGUGACAAUGUAAAAUAUUUAUAAAUGACAUUAAUUUUUAACUUGUGUGUGUAUUUUAUAGGUAAUCCAGAAUUAUACACAUCCAAUGGGGGUUCAAGAAACUCAUUUUUCUUGUCAAUACUGUUGCUGUGUACUUUGUACAGUGUCAUUAAGAAUUUAAAUAUAUAUAUAAUACUUUAA